AUGAUCAACUGUCCAUCAGCAGACUGCCCUUGGAAGGGCAUUUCCAUCGAGCAAUAUUACCGCCACGUUCAACGGAUGCACGAGCCUUUAAACGGAUACAUGUGUAUUGAAAAGUGUGGCCGUUUAUUUACAUCGAUCACAAGUCUUCGAAAACAUACAUUGUCCUGUAGAGAAAAAUAUAAUUCUAAUAUUGAGUGUAAUACAGAGAGAACAAUCAAUCACUUUGAGCAGUUACAUGAACCCUGUCAUCCAGCGGAAAUCCAUGUGGAAAAUGAAAUUAACAGUAGAGAAAAGGAUAACGAGGAAAUCAACAUCGAAAAUAAAUGUGUAGUCGUUAGUGAUACUGUGAAAUUAGUAGCUGUUGAAGCAAAACAACUAAGCACCAACAUGACAUUGAAAUGGCUGAGCGAAAAUGGACUCGCCAGGAAGGUUGCUUUUGAGAUCAAUAGAGACAUUAAGCAAAAUAUUGUCGACCCACUAAGCUCAGUAAUUCAUGAUUUACAACUCAAGGGAGCUAUGACGAAUGAGUGUGAACAGAUGCUCACCACCAUGCUUGAAAGCUUCGAUUGCACAUCUGAGUACAAAUGUAUACAGCAGCUGAAAAGAGAUGGUUUGUACGAAGAUCCAACGUAUUUCCACGUCAAUGAGGAGCAAAUGUCAUUGUCCGCCGAUCCACUUUCCGAAAGGAUUUUUGAGCAAAUUCACGGUGUAUUGAUGCCCGUAAAGUUCAUGCUGCGAACAUACUUGCAAACUGAGGGUGUAUUCAAUACGGUUAUCAAUAGUCUGAAGCUGUCGAACGAUGGACUGAUACGCUCCCUUAUUGAUGGUUCAAUUUGGCAGGAACGAACAAGAGAAAUGUGUUGCAGAACCGUGAUCCCGAUAAACAUAUAUUUUGACGAUUUUACCACUAGUGAUACAUCUUCUUGUCAUUCAAAAUCCACUUCUAUUUGUGCCGUAUAUUUAAAUAUACCAAGUAUGCCAGCUUAUCUACAAGGAAAAUUGAGUAAUAUUUUGACCGUAGGGUUCAUCAAAAGUCAAGAUAGGAAAAAAAUGAACAAUGACAAAACUCUGCACAGAUUGAUUGAAUUGUUAAUUGAACUGGAGACCAAAGGCAUUACUGUUAGCAUUGAUGGAGAAGAGCGAAGAGUGUUUUUUGUUCUCGGAUUUAUUGUUGGUGAUAAUUUAGGCGUGAAUGGGAUUCUGGAUUAUGUAGAAAGCUUCCGAGCUAACUUUUUUUGUAGAGUAUGUAAAAGAAGGCGGAUUCAGACGGAGACAGAUGCCAAAGAGCACUCGGAAGUUUUUCGCUCGCCCAUGAGCUAUGAUCAUGACGUUCGACUAGGUAUUGUUUCAGAAACAGGCAUCAAAGCUUCGAGUCCUUUCAAUAAAAUUCCUUCCUACCAUGUAACACAUAAUUUCGUGUUCGAUAUUAUGCAUGAUAUAUUCGAAGGAGUUGGAAUCUAUGAUUUGCAACACAUGCUAUACUAUUUUGUUUACAUUAGAAAAUACUUUAGCGUAAGUGACUUCAACGAGAGAAAAAAUAACUUUGUCUAUGGAAAUCAAAACUCAGAUAACAUAAUCCACGACAUUCAAGAUCAUCAUUUGAAAAUGAAGAGGAUAAAAUGCACCGCUAAUGAAAUGAAAACGUUGAUCAUUUUUCUUCCAUUAAUUAUUGGCCCUCUAAUACCAGAAAAUGAUGAAGUUUGGCAGCUGGCAUGUAGUCUUGUGAAAAUCGUGCAUAUUGUAUUAUUGCGAGAUGUACCUUAUGAGUUAGUGAAAGAACUGAGAUCAGUUAUCGAGUUUCAUCAUACGCAAUAUGUCAAAUUGUUUCAAGAUUCUCUUAAACCGAAACAUCAUAACCUAGUACACUAUCCCACCGCGAUUUUAAAAGGUGGCGCUCUUAGACAACAUUGGUGCAUGAGAUUUGAAGCCAAGCACCGAGAGCCUAAAGCAUACUGUAAAGUUAAUAGUAAUCGUAUUAACAUGUGCUCAUCUAUUGCUGUUAAAUCAAACUUCAAAUUUGCGUAUAAUUGUAUGAACAAAAACUUCGUUUUUCCAAAAAUUCAAUACGAUGAAACACAGAUUUACUUGAAUCAAUGCCGGACUCUAUAUCUCAAAAACAGUAAUUGUAAUUUAAACAACAUCGACAUGGAAGCUGUAAAAUUUCUGAAAAGUUUUGUAAAAUGUGAAACUGUGUAUAAUAGAGGAUCGAUUUUCAAUGUUGUUUCGAAGGCCACGGUCAACAUUUAUAAAAUAUUAGAAAUUUUUCUUAACAACAAUAAUGCCAUAUUGCUUUUAUGUGAACAGUUUGAAGUGGUUAAGUUUAACACACAUUUGCAGUCGUUUGAAUUAAAUGCGAAAACCACAACAGUGAUAGUAGAUAAUAUAGAAAACUGCGAGUCACAACAAAUCAAUUUACAUGAUGUUAAUAAUACUAUGUAUUUGCGACUAUGUAAUUAUUACAAAGUGUGACAAAGACCUGUACACUUAGUGUUAAGUUGUAGCUUAAGUAUGAUAAAAUGUAUAAAUUACAUAAAUAAAAGAGCUUUGAUAUGCGUUAGACAUUUUCAUAUUUGUUAAAAAAAAUA